AUGUUUCUGACAGACAUAAAUCUAACUUCUGAGGCCACGUUCACCCUCUUGGGCUUCUCAGAUUACCCAGAACUGCGGGUUCCCCUCUUCUUGCUGUUUCUGGCAGUCUACAGCUUCAGUGUGGUGGGGAACCUGGGAAUGAUUAUGAUCAUCAGGAUCAACCCCAAACUGCACACCCCCAUGUACUUCUUCCUCAGCCACCUCUCCUUUGCGGAUCUCUGCUAUUCUUCCAUCAUUGCUCCCAAGAUGCUGGUGAACCUUGUUGUAGAAGACAGAAGCAUUUCAUUUUUAGGGUGCAUAAUGCAGUUCUUUUUCUUCUGUACAUUUGUCGUCACUGAACUAAUUCUGUUUGCCGUGAUGGCCUAUGACCGGUUUGUUGCUGUCUGCAACCCCCUGCUUUACACAGUUGUCAUGUCCCAGAGGCUCUGCGCCCUACUGGUGCUUGGGUCGUAUGCAUGGGGUGUGUUGUGCUCCUUGACCCUCACCUGUUCUGCUUUAAAGUUAUACUUCCGGGGUUUCAACACAAUCAACCACUUCUUCUGUGAACUGUCCUCCUUGAUAGCCCUCUCUUGCUCUGACUCUCAUCUCAGCCAGUUGCUUCUGUUCAUAGUUGCCACGUUCAAUGAGAUAAGCACACUGCUCAUCAUCCUUACAUCGUAUUUGUUCAUUAUCGUCACUGCCCUGAAAAUGCAUUCAGCUAGCGGGCACCGCAAAGUCUUCUCCACCUGUGCUUCCCACAUGACAGCCAUCACCAUCUUCCAUGGUACCAUCCUCUUCCUCUACUGUGUGCCCAACUCCAAGAACUCCAGGCACACUGUCAAAGUGGCCUCUGUGUUUUACACAGUGGUGAUCCCCAUGCUAAACCCCCUGAUCUACAGUCUGAGAAAUAAGGAUGUCAAAGACACAGUCAGCAAAAUAAUGAAUGUAAGGUAUCUUUCUCAGUGA